UUUAGAAGAACUGGAUGGAGCUACCGCUCAUCUCUCCGAAUCAGUGGACUAAAAAAAAAAGAAGAAAAAGAAAAAAAGAAAAAGAAAAACCAACAAAAACCAGCUUUACUCUUCAGAACAUCAAUUUUCUCAAAACAAAACUACUUGCUGCUGAUAUUUCUUUAAUACAUUUUGGGAUUAGUUAAUUUGUUUUAAGGUAAAAAUCAAGGUUUUUUUGGACGGUGACGCCAGGAUAACGACUUUUACGCGUUACUGUGAUCCAACCAGCGAGGACGUCACAUCCCUCUCACAUAAAAAACAAGGAUAAUUUCUCUACUGGAGAAUCUCAACACGAGCGUUUACGGCUUUAAGCAAGCUAACUGAUGUGAAAAAGGAUUUUCCUUCAGUCACAAUUAGCCUGUCUCAUCGCGCUCGAUAUCUUGAGCGUGCGCACGGCUCCGUCCACAAGGCGUAAAACGUGUUCCGAACUGAAUAAAGUCCUUUUUAAAAAGACACUUUGAAGCGCUCAGGUUUGAGUUUGAAUCAAGCAAACUAUCGCAAUGAUAGAUCAUCUAGUAAGCUGAGGAGCUUCCAAACCCUGCACGGAGGCACUGUCAUCUUAAUUUUCUCCGGCAUGGCAUCUCGCUUGAAGUAGCCUUCAAAGUGGAAGAUGGCUUUUGACUUUCCCCCAGGUUACAGCUUAAUCCCUUUGCGUUCCUAAUGGGUACAGUGAGAGUGAGCACUCAGCUUUUGUAAAGAGAGCUGCAACGCUUCAGCACAAAUCAAAGAAGCAAGAUGUAAUCAACAACCUGAAUGCAGGUGAAAUAUGACUGCGGCAGCAGGUGUGCUCACAGGCUUGGCCAAACUAAAGCGCCAAGACUCCGCCCGCUCUCAACAUCGUCCCAUACCACCUUCAUCACCAGGCUUGGGAAACCCCACUGCUGAGGUUGCUCCCAGAAAGCGGAAGAGGCGCAGCGACGUUGUGGUGGUGCGUGGCAGGCUCCGCCUCUAUUCGGCCUCUGGGUUUUUCCUCUUCCUCGGGUUAAUAAUUUUGGCUAUAGGGAUUGGUAUGGCGACACUGGGUUACUGGCCGCACAGUAAAACCAAACCAACAGGAGGUGGAGCUGGGGUCAAGGCAGAAAAUGAUGUGGCCAACACAAGCCAUGAUGCGCAAGGGACGACUUCAGAGCAGACUGGUGGCACCCUGAUGCGCUUCCUUGGACAACAUCUUCACUCUGAGAGGAUGAAGAUGCUUGGGCCCUUCACCAUGGGGAUUGGGAUUUUUAUCUUCAUCUGUGCCAAUGCAAUACUUCAUGAAAACAGAGACAGAGAAACAAAGAUAAUUCAUAUGAGAGACAUGUACUCUACGGUCAUCGACAUCCAUCGCCUCAGGCAGAAAGAAGAAAAAGAACAGUAUUACCGCAACAGCACCUGUGGAAGGGAAGCAGGCGAUCUUCGAACUUUCGGAGCUGAUGCUGCAGCACGCUUAGCCAGCAACUCCCUCCUGGCUUUCUCUUCUCGGGCUGGAAGUGGAGGAGGAGGAUCAACAGAAGAGGAGGAGGUACUGCUUGGGGACGAGCAGAUUCAGAGACAUAGAGAGGCUAAGUUGGAUUGUAACUUUGCCGGGCUGCUGGCACCGCUGUAUAAGGACCGUCCAUUUUCCGGUCCCGGGCUUGGGCUGGGUCGCUCUGAUUCAAUGCGCCACCAAUGGUCAGUGGAUGGAGAAGGUGAAAAGGGAGGACACCAUGCAGGGUCUAUUGUCUCCUCCUCUAUCUCUGCAUUUACUCUGCCUGUUAUAAAACUCAACAACUGUGUAAUUGAUGAACCAGAGAUGGAGGCGAUCACUGAAGAGGACAGAGGGGGAGAGAUAAGAGAUGGAGAGAGGUCAAAACCCAUGAGCUCCAUGGAGUCUCUGGUGGUGCCUGUAGCCUCUAUUGCAAAGGCCUUCAAACCACCAGGAUUACAUCGGAGCAAUUCUGCCUCCUCUUCCUCCCGCUGCUCCUCCUUCUCUUCAUCCACCCUCUCCCCAGCUCCCUCCUCUACCUCAGGCUGUUGGCUUUCUCCAGGAGCAGCCAGGAGUGACUUUGGCUCCAAUUCCUCUCUGCACAUGCUCAACAGUCAUUCCAAAUCUCUGGAUCUGGAGCGCGAUCCCAGCAUGCUUAGUGUGCACCAGGAGCAGCGGAAGCACCCCAGCUGGCCCCGACUCGACCGCAGCAACAGCAGCCGCAGCCAUACCGCAAAUCGGAGCAGCAGUAAAGGCUACAUGCGGCUCGAUGACAGAGAAGAUCAAGGAGAGUGGCUCUUGGAUGUGUUGCCAUCUGUCACAGUGCGGCGAGACUACAGUAAGCGUGAGAAGCUGCUAAUGAUAUCCAGGUCACAUAAUAAUUUGAGUUUUGAACAUGAUGAGUUUAAUAGCAGCGCACUGAAGAGAGGGAGCUCUGAGACUCGGUUCUGAAGUUCAAGUCGAUGACAGCUGUCUCCUGUUCUGUAAAUUGCUCUCCACACAUUGUGACAGUGUAUCAGAGGAAACUGAUAUGUUUAACAGAUUCACCUUUGAGAGAAAACUGACAUGUAGUUUCUAAAACAACCUUUUGAAAAGAAAAUAGUAGCAGUAGUGAUUAAAAGGUGAGCCUGUACUGUAGAAGGUUCAAACUUAAUGUGUGCUAGACACAGCAUGCCCACUGAACCUAGACAGAGGUCUAGGUCCUGUGCUAGGAUCUUAGUGGAAGAAGGAAAAAAUAGGUUAUAUAAUCAGUCUACUCUAGUUUUUAACAAAUGUUUUUAGAUCCAGCUAGACUUUAAUGUUGAAUCAAGAAGGUGGCGUGCAAACUACAACAAAGUGACCCGCGCUGCUCUGAAGUCUUGUGUGCCCAUCUGUGGAACUUUAGUAAGAACUUAUGGCUACAAAAACCAGCAGCUACCAGCCUGGCCCCAACUGUAAACUCAGAUUGAUUAUCUUUGCCUGUGGAUCUACUACAGGCACUUUAAGCUGUCAUUAAAUUUCACUCAGGAUUAUUCGUUUCUACAUACUGCCACAAAUCCACUGACUUUACAAAGAAACUCUGUUUCAUCUGUAACAAUUACUUGCAUUAUUGAUGUAUCCAUUAUUCUUUUCAAAUAAGUCAAUUAAAUUUUAAUGCAGUGAAACAGCCAGUUUACUUUAGUCAUGAUUUAUAAAGCAAUGUAUCUGAUUCAUUGUUAACUUAAAAAACUGAUGUACACAUUUAUUAAGAAAUGUCUAUAUAAUGGUAAGUGGUAAAUUAGAUUAAACUUAAAUUCAUUAUAGAUUACCGUACACAAUUCUCAUGUGCAGAUUUUAUAAAUCCACAGAGCUGGAUUGAUGAAAGGAGAACUAUGAUUACUAACCGUGGCAGGUUGCCUGGUAUUUUUAAAACUUUGUGAGACAGUGUGCCAUCAUGACAGUACUACCUUUGCAGAUGUUUGUGUUUGUACAGUUGUGCAGUUGAGAUCCAAACAAAGGAAAAAAUGGGCAGGGUCCGAUGACUUGAGUGCUGAGUGAAGGUGUCAAAAUUCAGGUGGCCAGGGAGGCCUUGGGCCUCUCCGCCUUACGGCCCUGUCCCAGGUUCUUUACUGACGUCCAUGUUUUUGUGAAUUCCCAAAUGAGGUAUCAGUGUCUGGUAUAUCAGCGUAUCUUGUUUCCCAAAAUGGGUGCUGUCUGAGAACUCACUUACAUCGCAGCAAGUGUAUAGUCUCUGCUGUUUUCCUCUAUUAAACUUUAUUUAGCAUAUCAAGAUGAUAUAGGUUAAGGCCCAUUUAUGCUUGAUGCAGAAGAAGGAUACGCAGAAGGACCGAUAGUUUUGUCUGUCUUCUGUGUCAGUAAUUUGACCUGUUUUCAGGGAGCUUAGCUAUCCGUUGCUUGUCGCAGAAGACAGAGCAAUACCACUGCAAAUCAUGGGGGCAUUACUGAGCAAAAUAGCUGACACCAGCAGAAACUAACCAGUGAAGAAGAAGAGGAGGAUCAGGAAGCAAACUCUGAGCUUAACACUGCUAACUAGUGGAGAAAUUAACUUAACCAUGGCAACACAAAAGACACAUGAAAGUAUGACAAUGUUAGAAACAGACUUUGCUAUCUAUGUACCUAAGAGAGCAUAAAUGGGCCUUUAGACUGAUUACAAGACUUAAUGAUAAAGUUGACACUAUAAGCAAUCUACAUCUACCGGUUCGUUGCCUCUAUACUGCUCAAUAUGUGUUUCAGGUUCUGUUAGGUUUGUCAGAUGCUUUGAUAAAAAGAGAUCAUUCUCACUACUUCUGUAAAUGACAUUAGUAGCAUUUUCUCUGCUACUUUUAAUGUAACACAGAAGAAGGGUGAUGCGUCAUGUUAUUUUGAGGUCUAACAUGUGUUAAAAGAAAACAACUUUUUAAAAGUGCUGGAACCUUGCUGGAAAGAUAAAAUGGUUUCCAGCAGUAUGUGGGUCACUGUCCAAUUUUAACCUCUCUUAAAAUAAACUGUAUUUUCACUGA